GGGAGACAGGGAGGGGCCAUGUGUGGACUAGGAAGACCUCAUCUUCCAACAAAGCUGGCUGGGCUAUUUAAUCAAUGCUGGCCUGAGAGCAAGAUGAUGAUUAGCUGUCCCUGAAGCUUUCCAACAGUGCCACUGACCACUACGAGGCUGAUGCUGGAUGACCACGCCCCUAUGGAGGCUCAGUACCCAGAGGAGGGUCCAAGACCUGGGAUCUUCACAGCAGAGUUGGGAGACCAGCAGCAACCCAUCUCUCUGGCAGGGUGCUGGCACUCCAUGCAGCGUGGCUGUGCGGUACUGGGAGCCCUGGGGCUGCUGGCAGGUGCAGGUGUUGGCUCCUGGCUCAUAGUGCUGUACCUAUGGCCAGCUGCCUCUCAGCCCACUCCCGGAACGUUGCAGGAUGAAGAAAUGCCUUUGGGCUGCUCAGAGGCCAGUGGUGAGGAAGCUCUGCUCCCCACACUUCCCAGACCAGUAUCUUUCAGAGUAGACAGAGACGACUUCUUGCUGGAAGUGCAAGUGAGGGCCCAGUCAGACUGGCUCCUGGUCUGCAACGAGGGCUGGAGCCCUGCCCUGGGGGUGCAGAUCUGCCAGAGCCUCGGGCAUCUCAGAAUGACUUACUACAAAGGAGUAAACCUGACUGACCACAAGCUAAACAGCUCCCAGCGAUUUGCUCAGCUCUCCUCUAGCCCGGGAGGCUUCCUGGAGGAGAUACGGCAGCCCAGGAACAACUGUACUUCUGGCCAAAUUGUUUCCCUCAAGUGCUCUGAGUGUGGAGCAAGGCCCCUGGCUUCCCGGAUAGUUGGUGGGCAGGCUGUGGCUCCUGGGCGCUGGCCCUGGCAGGCCAGUGUGGCCCUGGGCUUCCGGCACAUGUGUGGAGCCUCCGUGCUGGCACCAGACUGGGUUGUGACGGCCGCACACUGCAUGUACAGUUACAGGCUGUCCCGCCUGUCAAGCUGGCGAGUUCAUGCAGGGCUGGUCAGCCACAGUGCCAUCAGGCCAUACCAGGGGGCUAUGGUGGAGAGGAUCAUCCCCCAUCCCUUCUACAGCACACAGAAUCAUGACUAUGAUGUUGCUCUCUUGUGGCUCCGGACACCGCUCAACUUCUCAGACACCGUGGGUGCCGUGUGCCUGCCAGCCCUGGAGCAGCAAUUUCCCAGGGGCUCCCAGUGCUGGGUGUCUGGCUGGGGCCACACCGACCCCAGCCAUACCCACAGCUCGGACAUGCUCCAGGACACGGUGGUGCCCCUGCUUAGCACCCAGCUCUGCAACAGCUCCUGCGUGUACAGCGGCGCCCUGACCCCCCGGAUGCUGUGUGCCGGCUACCUGGACGGCAGGGCCGAUGCGUGCCAGGGAGAUAGCGGGGGCCCCUUGGUGUGCCCAGAUGGUGACAAAUGGCACCUCGUAGGCGUGGUCAGCUGGGGUCGUGGCUGUGCAGAGCCCAAUCACCCAGGUGUCUACGCUAAGGUAGCCGAGUUCCUGGACUGGAUCCAUGAGACUGCUCAGGUGAGUCCACUAGCUGGAGGAGAAGCAGCAGCCUCUGCAGCAGAGGGCAUGGGAUCUCCCACCACUGUGCCCGAGAGACACCACUCACGGGCCAGCCGCCUGGCUGCAGGUCCCUCCUCUCGGGCCCUAGUUUCAGAGUCUCUCUUUGUUACCAGACAGGCUCAACAGCAGGAGAGAGGCUGGGGCUGGGUUGAGAGUGGUGCAAGGAGGGUGAAGGAUGAGAGGCAGGAGCUGGAGCCCCAAAUGCUGCUGGAGGCAGCUGGGAGCCUGUCCUUCUGCCCUUUCCAGCCCCUGUGA